CGACAAGUCCAGCGUUAUAAUGUUUAAUACUCGAUUUGUUGUCUCACGGGAGAUUUUUGCAUGUUUGAGUCUCUCUACGCCGGUCUUUACCAGACAAGAUACGUUCUUUGAACACAAAGCAUCGCAAUGAAAUGGUAAGAGGCCUGCAGUAACCAACAGCGCUUACGCUGGACACGAAGGAGAUGAACGCAUCAAAGCUUGUUUACAUCGCAGUGUUCUUGCUUCUGGCUGCAAAAUUUGGGCAGUCAAUCCAUUGUUAUUCAUGUCAUCCUUUUGAAUCAGAUGUAGCCAAUUCAUCGAAUAACUGUGAGACGCAUUCAAGAGUCACAGACUGCUCAGAACAUUCUGAUCUUGGAGAGCAUUUUGAUUCUUGUUUCACUAAGGUGAUUUACAAAAACGGCAAGGCAAUUGCCAAUAUUAAAGAAUGCGCUAUUUUAAGCGGUUGUGAGGAGCUGGAGCAAAUUCUAUGCGAGGAUAGCGAGGAUGGAUCGGGAAAUCCUUCACCCCAAAAUUGUUGGGUUGAUUGUUGUCAAGAUAACUUUUGUAACACAGAUCCCGUCGACAGCCCAGGAUACGUUAGACGCAGGCAAGCUGAGAGAACUAAAGAUGCAUAUGUGCGUUCUGGAGGCAAUUUUGUUUUGAAGUCAGCGACGUUCGGUCCUAUUGUAACAAUCACUUUCGUGACUUUUCUUUAUGUGUUGAUCCUUCGGUGAGGCCUGGUCUGUGUUGAAGUGAAAUGUGGAUGGAAAGAAUGCUACGACAGAGUGUUGACUUCAAAAUAGAGGUUUCCUUACUCAGGUUAAAAGUUGUAAACUAAAUGGUAAUUUCAUGAAUGAAUUCUAUAACUUCACGCAGAAAAUUACGAUUGAUGAUUCAGUGCGGUGCGCACAGAGAUUGUAGGUCACGUGGCCCGCACGCGUGGUCAGUGGCUCGCACGUGAGGUCACGUGGCGUCAUGUUAUAUCGACCCGAAGAUUUGACCUGAAGUGGAUUGUGAGAACUGUAGACUUUGUAUAUUCUCUCAGCUGAUAUAGCUUUAUGCGGAAUGAUAGAACAGCCUUUACAACCGUGUGUAUAUGGCGUAAGAUCAAACACUAACUUUAGUGUUUUUCAAAUUAAAUGCUUUUAUUGGUUUAAUUAAAAAGAAGAAGUACGAUUUUAUAAGAAUUUUUGUAAUGAUCGAGAUUACUUUGACGAGCGUUUCAUUAAGUGGAUCAACUCGCAAUAAGUUUAGGGGCGACGUGACUGCUCUUAGAGGCGAAGUCAUUCAUCUCGGGGGCGACGUGACUGAGGGGGCCGUGGAAGACAUGAUUUGUUACAAUGCAAAGAUCGCGGCGGUUGCAAACUUAUGGCAUGCGCCGAUUAAAAAAAAUGUAGAACGCGAAGUUUAUGGCUGUAUCAUUUUGUAGUAUCAAAGUAAAUUUUGCGUGAACACAAAUGUGACGGAAAUGUUUUUCUUAUACUUAAUUACUUGGGGGUCAUGACGUUUCCCAGAGGGGUUGAGCUAUUUUUGACAAAAAUAUUUAUUGCUCAUGAUAAAACUCGAUCCUUAAAUGGUGCUAGAAACAAAUCGUAAUUGUAACUCAAUUUAGUUUAAGUUCUAAAAUGGUAAAUCGUUAGUGCUAAGCUUCAAUCGCCCGUGUUGUUGCACUAAACGUCGUUGUAAGACUUCAGUGAAGUGCUAAUCUUAAAUCGCUGACGUUCU